CUUGUAGGCACAUGGUCGCUUUUGUCCAUCAGUUCAGUGUCUGCGCCUACGUGAAAAGUUUUAAAACCAGAAUUUUACGUUUUAUGUUUUUUCGUUUUAGUGUAGGAAAAAUGAUGACGGGGACACAACUGUUGUUGUUGAAAAGGACCAUUUUAUGGACGAUUUCUUCCAUCAGGUUGAGGAGAUCAGAAGCAGCAUAGCUAAAAUAGCUCAGCAUGUUGAAGACGUAAAGAAAAACCACAGUGUCAUCCUCUCUGCACCAAACCCAGAAGGAAAAAUAAAAGAAGAGCUUGAAGAUCUGAACAAAGAAAUCAAGAAAACUGCUAAUAAAAUUCGGACCAAGUUGAAGUCUAUUGAGCAGAGUUUUGAUCAGGAUGAGAGUGGGAACCGGACUUCGGUGGAUCUUCGGAUACGAAGAACCCAGCAUUCAGUGCUGUCUCGAAAGUUUGUGGAAGUUAUGACAGAAUAUAAUGACGCUCAGACUCUGUUUCGGGAGCGAAGCAAAGGACGGAUACAGCGGCAGCUGGAAAUAACUGGAAAAACCACCACCGAUGAUGAACUCGAAGAGAUGCUGGAAAGUGGCAACCCCUCCAUUUUCACGUCAGACAUCAUAUCAGAUUCACAAAUCACUAGACAAGCUCUCAGUGAAAUUGAGUCGCGUCACAAAGACAUCAUGAGGCUGGAGACCAGCAUCCGGGAGCUGCAUGAGGUGUUCGUGGACAUGGCCGUGCUUGUGGAGACGCAGGGUGAAAUGAUCAACAACAUAGAAAAAAACGUUAUGAACGCCAUGGACUAUGUAGAACAUGCUAAAGAAGAGACGAAGAAAGCUAUUAAAUAUCACAGCAAAGCGCGAAGGAAAAAGUGGAUAAUUGCUGCUGUGGUGCUGGUUCUGGUGGCUGUAAUUGCUCUAAUUAUUGGUUUAUCAGUUGGCAAAUGAUGACGUGGAGACCCUGGGUGUGCGUGCCUCUCUGCCGCGCGGCAAAAAUGGUGUUCAUUAUUAUUUGUGUAGUUAUUUUGCUUGUGAUCCUUGGAAUUGUCCUAGCAACGACACUGUCAUAGCAACCGUGUUCCAAGAGCCAUUUACCCUGGAGUCAGACCACACCUGCAGCACAGCAGCGCCUUCCCGUUUCAUGAGUGAGUCGUAGGCACUGACCUGGAGCGCUGAGUGCUGAUCUUUCAUUAGUGAGUUCGAGGAGAAAGCACAACACAAUGUAUUGUUUGGUGAAACACCGUGAGCAUAAUGGGUGUGAUGAGUUAACCCAAACAUCCCUGGACUCGAAAUAACACGCCACAGAAAUUUAACAAUGUGAACCUUGUUUCAGUGGCCUUAAAAUAAGGAAUUAUUGAAAAUUUCAAUUUUUUUAAUACUUCAGUGUUAAAAAUAUAUGUGAAGUUCAGUUAGGAGUAUUUUAUGUUAUGAAGCUGUUAGAAUUCAGGUCUAAGACCUUCUUCCCUCUCCCAGCUAACAUGCUGAUUAAGAGACAUUUUUGUACUAUGUUUAAUUCGUGUUUGUUUAUGUUUGCAAAAAUUAUUUUUAUUAUCACAGAACUGUUUUGUAAGAUAUCUAUAAUUUUAAAUGUUUAUAAAUUGUUUAAUAUAUUAACAUCUUAAUUUACUCCAAUUGUGUAUAUUAACUACUGCCUUUUAAAAGAAAUAGAAAGCUUCACGAUACUAGAGCCAUCUUUGCACAGUUGUUUACAAAGUUUGCCAGCGGCAUAGAAACCAUGGGUUGCAAAGUACCCACAAAAGCCUUUUGAGUGCCUUCUGUUAAAAUCUACGUAUGAGGUUUAAAUGCACCUAAAGCCUCCAGGAAGACCUCAGUUAUUGUCCUCAGCUCCAGUCCUGCCUGUCCCAUUACCCAAGGUAAUAAAUUAGUUACUGCACUGUGAAGACAUGGUCUCUUCUUUUAUUCCAUAAAAUGCAAGGUUUGUGUUUCCCUGUUCAUGCUAAUGAAGUCUGAAUUUAAGACAGUGAUAAAACCAAAUUUUAAACUGAAGGAAAUUAUUCCCAGGCAAUUAAGUAAUUCUUUUGAAUUUAAACUGUUGUACAGAUCACGUAAAUGUUCUUGUUAAAGUGCCUGCUAUUCUGCUGAAUCCCGAAGUUUACAGGAAUCUGUGAUAAUUAAACAUUUGUAUUGUUCUUUUUUUUAGUGUAAUAAUAAGCUUUAUUUUCAGACUUGUAAACUGUAUGGACUCCUCCUAGUGAAUGGACAUCUGUAAGACAGCAUCUGGUCAAAAUUUUCAAUGAAUACGUGAAGGAUACUCAAAUAUAGUUAACUCGUUACUUCUGCAAGUGACAGUGUAGGCACAUGACUGUCUUCUAACGUUCGGUCUGAAAACUAGUAUAGAUGUGCUUGAUUCCAAACAGUAAGUGUGACUGGGGCAGUCUGGAACCUGUCUUCCUUAUUUAAUGCAAGUGUGAACGUCACACAUACGUCUGCCUGCCUCACUGCGAUUGCAGUCUCUGCCCGUGCAUUAGCUUCCCUAGCUGCUCAUCACGGUGUGCUCAGAGUUACGGCGCUGGGAGUCUUCUGGCUCUGCCAGACACAGGCCCUGGAUCUCUGAGUGGCCCGUCGGGGGGCAUGCCCAGUGAUCCGUGCUUACAUGGAAGGUACAGCUUGUCUUGAAGGGUAUUUAAGUGUUUGGAGAUCAUGCUGAUGUAAUGUGACUUCUGUGCACCUACUUGACUCCGUGAUUAUGUCCACAUGUAGAGGAGCUUUGUGCUGGUGGGGACCCGUCUCCGUGGGUCCCGCUUUCCCCUCAACGUAAGUCUUUUUAGUCCUCACCUUUCAUCAUAAUUCUUAACUGUAUUUUUUCAAGACGUUCUUCCUGGAUUUGCAGUACUUACUGAACUUGUGUUUUACAGUUGAAGUUACAGAAAUGCGUUUUGGUUCCUAUGUAGACGUUUAAGUCAUUCAUCAGGUAACACAUUUUGUAUGACUAAGCCCCAAGUGCCUAUUUGAAAUCAGAGUUUUAAAAAUGUCUAUACAGGUUUGUUACUUUUUAUCAUUUCUUCAGAUAUUUCAUGUUUACAUUAAAAAGCUCUCAGAACCAAAAAAAAAAAAAAUCCACUUUCUGCCUUGUUAUUUCUGGGAAGAUUUUUUGGGAGAUAUUUUUGUUGCAUGUCCAUUAAUAAAUUGUUCUGCUAAGAAAA